AUGACGACCGCUCACAGGCCAACGUUUGUGCCCGCUAGGGGUGGUACUGGGAAAAAUGAGGGAGAUCUUUCAAAGCUUUCUCAGCAGUAUUCAAGCAAAGAUAUGCCUUCACAUACGAAACUCAAGUAUCGUCAAAAGGGUCAGAGUCAUGCUGAUGAAGUGCGAAGCAAAGACUUACGACGUGAGCUGGAAGAAAAGGAAAGGAUUGCCUCUAGGGAAAGAAGAAGCCGUGAAGGUUACAAUCCAAGCAGUGUCGGCAGCUCGAGUUCUAAGAAGCCACGGAUAGAAGCAGUAUCUCAUGCAGCUUUAGAUGAGGAUGAUCCAUACGAUAACUAUGAAGAUGAAGAUGACGAUUCAGAUGAAGAAGAUACCGCCGAAUUAAUGGCUGAGUUAGCUAGGAUAAAAAAGGAACGAGCUGUGGAAAAAGCCCAGCGUGAUGCUGCCGAAGCAGAAGAACGAGAGCGUAUACGGACGGAAAAUCUGUUGCAUGGAAACCCCUUAUUGAAUACUGACACGUCAGAUUUUAAGGUCAGAAGACGUUGGGAUGAUGAUGUUGUUUUCAAAAAUUGCGCCAAAGGUUUAGAUGAACGUAAGAAGGAGCCUACGUUUAUUAAUGAUGCCAUUCGUUCAGAAUUUCAUAAGAAGUUUAUGGAAAAAUAUAUUAAAUAG